GGCCGACAAAAAAUCAUCAAAACAAGACGAACUGACUAGUUCGAGGUCUGAAAAGUCGGAAAGUCCAGGGGAUUUUUUAGGCUAUGUGCACACGGGCGUUGUUGCUUCUAGAACGAUUUCGUCCUUUGAAUCGUUUUGACGCUACGCUCGUGGUACUUAGGAAGAAAUUAUUAGAGCGCGGGUCGGUGUAACGCGUCAGAUGCAAGAGGUUCUUUCUAUAAUAUUGGAAAAUAGGCCAGAUGAUCCUGUAGCCUAUAUUGCUGAGUAUUUCUCAAAUGUUGCUGAGCAUGUAUCCAGUGUUACUCAGGCCUAUCAAUAUUUGUGUCUGAGUCACCACACCAAGCCUUCUUAUGAGAAUAAUCUCUUGAAAGCCUACACUGUGUUGAACAGACAGAAAUGUGGUCAGGGUCUGAAAGGACUGAUUGGAAAAUCAUACAACGAAUUGUUGGCUGUGUUGUGCAGGGAUAUUUCAUCUAAUGAAUCGGAUACCUUGUUGCAGUUGCUACAAAAACGAACACACGAGUUGGUUAGGUUUAACGAUUUUUCAUCUGGCGUCACAUGCUGCUUUUUGCUUAAAGAUUUCAUUUCUGAAGCCAAGUCACUUUUUCAAGAAUUAGAUCUAUCAGGCAAAGGUCAUGCGGAUUACACCCUUUGUAUAACAAUGCUAUCUCAACUGACGACUUCAGUAUCGCGUACAAAAGAAACUUCUGGUCUCAGUAUUUUAGAAGCUGGCGUUUCUUUGAGCGCGCAGAAUGUCGAUAUAGCAAUGAAAAGGGCGCUCGCUGACAGUUUCUCUCAAAACACUGGGAAAACGAUGUCGUUGGACGAAUUUGUACAUCAAGCUGGGAAAAUUUUCUUUUCAAAGGUUUCCAGGAAAUAUGUGAUGCUUAGACUUAAUUUUUAUAAAUUUUAAUAUGAUGUGAUCGAGGUCGAACAAAAUCUGCAAAACAACGAUUAUAACCAUGGCAACACUGAAACGAAUAAUUUUUUUCAGCUACCGAUGUCGAAGAACCAGUGAAAUAACUUGAAGAAUGAUAUCCAAACAAUAAUGGAUUCAAUGUUGUUAACCAUUACCCAAGCGACAAAGGCAAUUAAAAAACUGUAAAUGUGUAAAAAUUGUAUAUAGACUAUUCCAUGUUGUAAAAGACCCAAUUA